CAGUUUGGAGCCCGUGGGAUAGACACGGAGGGCAGAGCUCCCCACAGAAGGACAGAUUGGCAGUGAGGAAUCAGAGCUGGAGUGAUCCCUUGCCUGGAUAAGAGGAAGAUGAGGGUCCUGCUGACAUUGGCUGUGCUGCUCUCCUGCAGUGUGGUGGCAGCUCAUGGGAAGUUCCCGCGUGCCCCAGGACUCGAGGGAAGCACCGUUGGAAAUCUGACCACCCACGGCUGCUCCUCGGGAUGGGGCAGCAGCGGCACCUCGAUGGCUUCCAUGGACCGGUGCUGCCGGCUCCGUGCCUGCUGCUACGCCAAACUGGCUGCACGACGGUGCCGCCCGGGACCCAUCCAGCCCCUUUCAGCACCCGGGGCAGGAAUUCCCACCUGCAGGUCCGGGAGCUGGUGCCAGAGAGGCGCGUGCAGGUGCGAGCGCGCAGCCCUGCUCUGCCGGGUGCGCAGCCGGGGGCUGCUCCGGUACCGGAGCCGGUGCCGGGGACGAGCCGGGAGGUGCUGAAAAACAAAAGACAUUGAAGCAAAAAGGCUCUUUUGCAAAACCACCUCCAGGCUGACGAGGAAAGGGACAGCGCGGUGCCGGGAGCGCUUCCCAAACCUUAGCGGGUCUCCUUGCCUCCUUGGGGCUUUUUUUGGCUUCGGCACGAGGACAGCCAGCCCUCUGGUGAAGUUGUGUCAUUACACACUGGAUCGGAGGAGGGGGAGCAGCGCAGAUGGGAUGUUUUAGCAUAGGAAACAAGGGAGGGGUGGACACUUGCGCCCUGUCGGUGGGAAAGGACGGGAUGGAAACCGGGAUGACACUCAUUUCCCCUUGGCUCGAGCUCCCCAAGCAGCCUUUCAGCUGCCUCUGCUUUCUGCUUCGCUACAGAUUCUCUUCUGUUGCUCAAAAAUAAAACCAGAGAGCACAAAA